AUGUGGUGGUGUGGUCCCAUGCCCUCUGGGCAGAUAGUGCAGCAGGCAGCUCGUCAAGCGGACAACAGUGACGUCCUGAGAAAAGGGCACAAGGGACAUCGACGCGACAAGACCAGGCCCAAAAGCAUGCACAGCAUCAACUGCUGUGUCGACAUCCUCACAGGCAAAGAAUGGGGGCUGCUGCUGGGGAAGAUAGGGCCAUCUGUGAUGACGCACCUCAUCCAGGGCUGCUCCAUCUUUGUAACUCUGCACAAAGGCCACCUCCUGCAAGUCACUGGGCCAGCGAUCACAGAGGUCGCUCAACACCAACAAAGGGCUGCAGGCAAAGAUCCGCCUCAGAUCGCACUUCGCCCAGGCCCUGUGGCACAUGGAUUCGAUCCCCCAUUGAGGUCCACCGAAGGCGUUUCGCCGAAUCACAUGCAGCCAUGCAACUUGCUUGGUGCUUCAAUGGUAGCACCUUGCAACCUUUCUGGUGGAUCAGAAAAUGCAAAGGAGUGUGUUCUCCAGGGCACUGCAAAUACGCCUAGAAAGCGGCCAUCCAGCUGGAGGAGAGUCCGUAGGACAGUGCCUCAGCCCGAGUUCGAUAGGAGCAGGGGAAUGAGUGUUGGACGCCAGCCACCUGCUUCCAGUGCAGGUGAACUGCAGCUUUGCCUCAGCUCCUGCAGCUCGGAAAGCAUGGACCUCUCGAGAAGUGGAGACGGUGGCGAUGCAUCGGGAGCUGAAGUGUCUCGGCCACUGGCCGGGGGCCUUAGCAAGGGCGGUGUCGCGCCGUCCAGAAGGCGUGACAGGGACUCACUGUUGGGCGUGGCGCAUGCCACACUGCCGAGGCAAGCGAUAUUCUAUGAUGAGUCGCUGCACCAUUGCCCGUGCCUUCCUCGAAAACAUGUGUUGAAUGCAUUGAAAAACAACAAAGACAGAGGGCGCAUACUUUACUCGACCAUUUUCCCAUCCAGUUUCGACAAUUGGAAGAAAACUGUGAGGGGCUCCCAUUAUCGCAAAACAGCAUCAGGCGUUCCUGCAUCCCCAGCCAGGGUGAAGAAACAGCACAGGCAUCUGCCGCGACUCCUGCAGCAGCUGGCGGAUCGCGCACAGAAUUGCCCUCUGGGCUUGCUGCUGCGCCAUCACUGCCCUGACCCUAUCGCCAUGGGUGUAGGCAGUGCGGUUCGCGACUUGACGGAUGCUUGGACGCCGCACAGCUCGGUGAUUUCGUACUUGUGGGUAGUUCUGAGGCGAAUCGUGCCCCCAACUCUGCUGGGGCAGAAGCACAGCCGCAGGGUCCUGCUGAAGGCGCUGAGGCAUUUUGUUUGCUUAACACACCACGAGCGAAUGAGCGUGCAGCAGGUUAUGCACGGUCUAAAGACGUCGGACAUGCCAUGGCUGCCGGUGGGCACCGGUGCGCAAGUUCCCAAAACUCUGCACGAGUCUCGCCAGCGAAUGCUAAUCCAGUGGGUCUGGUGGUUGAUGACUGACAUCGUCAUCCCCAUUUUGAGAACGAGCUUCUAUGUCACCGAAAAUGAGGCGCACAAGUACCAAGUUAGUUAUUACAGAAAGUCCGUGUGGAGCAUGCUAAAGGAGGCCGCAAUCUCAUGCUUGACACGAACCAUUUACAGUAGAGUUGACAAAUCAGAGGUGGAGAGCUUCCUCUCCUCUCGGCGGCAUGGCUUCGCGAAGCUGCGCUUCAUACCGAAAAGAAGAGGACUGAGGCCAGUUUUGAAAUACGGUUGCACAGUCGACGCAAAGAAACUGGGGGGUCAAUCGCGACCCACACCCAGCAUCCAUUAUCACGGCAAAAAGGGAGUCCGUCCUGUGAACUGGGACCUCAAGAAUGCUCAGUCGGUUCUCUGGCGCGAGUCGUGCCGCCAGCGGCGCCAUGUCCUCGGCAGCACGGCCUUCAGCUACCGGGAUGUGCACGCGAAGCUGCAGCCCUUCCUGCGUUGGUGGAACGCCGCUCUCCGCCAGGGCCGCCCGCUGCGCCCCCACAUCGUGAGCUGCGACCUGUCCAGCGCCUUCAAUCAGGUGGACGCCGGCACCAUCAUGAGGCUCAUCGGCCCCAUAUUCGAAAGCGAGGCGUACGUGCUCUCCAAGUACGCGACGGUCGUGCCCUCGCUAAAUGGCGUGCAUAUGAAGCACGCAUGGCUGCCGUUUGGACCACCAGAUGAGUUUCCAGGCCUUGUCAAGCUGUUGAGGGCAGACAUGCAUGACAGCCACAGCUCCGUGGUCGUCGACCAGGUUCGUAUUUCUGGAUCGAUGUGUUGCAACCGUGCUGGCAGCGCCUUAGCUCAGCCUUGGAUGUUCAGCAUAUCCAAACUUUGCUUAAUCGGAGUCUUUAAGUAUUAA